AGAGGGGCCACGCUGCACAUUGGUUGGAAUGACCUUGUCAGACGUUGGGCAAAUCAUGAAAGGCUGCCAGAGACUUUUGUUCCCGCGUUGCCGCGCUCUGUUUUGCUACCUCGCACAGCAUGUCGCUGAGCCACUGGAAACGGCCCCGUUCGCGAAGUCGGCAAGUCAGCAAGCCGGCAGCUUUCAGCGAUCGCUUGCGUCCCAUGUGCAUGGGCCCUGGCCUGUGAGGGCGUGAUAGCGGAGGGCCCAAGCUUUUCGCUCUUGAAGCGGGAGGUCGAAGAGGUGCCGCUACCUGCCAUGGUGCCCCAGGCGCGUGGCACGCUGCUGACUUGGUCGCCCAGCCCAUCCAAACAGAGUCCAGACUUCAGCCAUGCCGCCACAAUAAGCGUGAUGCCGCCAUGCAGCCCUGCAAGACUGGAGUCCGUGGUUCAGAUGAAGCUGGAGGAACAGAAGUUGGAGAGGAGCCUCAAUUCCAAAGAGCGAAGCCGCCAGCGCAGAAAGAAGGCAUCCAACAACAGCAUGUUCAUCUCCAACACCGAGAAGAGUCAAAUCAUGGCAGAAGCAUCUGCUCUGGAGCGAUUUACUCGGAGCAAGUGCUUUGAGUGGCUUAGUGGACUUCUCAUCCUGCUGAACUGCUUCUUCACGGGAUGGCAGACCGAAGCAAUGGCACAACGGGCAUUGAGAAGCACUGAGAUGAACCAGCCGGUGGAGAGCACAACUCCCCGCGAGUUCAUUGCAGGGCAGGCCAGCUUCACCGUUUUGUUUGGUAUUGAGAUUGGCUUUCGCUGGGCGGCAGAUGGCUUCCGGGACUUCUUUCGGACAAAGGAUUUGUGGUGGAAUCUCCUGGACCUGCUGUGCGUCAUCAUCGGCGUAGCUGAUGUGAGCACAGAGAUGCUAAUGAUGACGGUUGGCAUGGCUGCGUUCGCGCCAUUGAAUACCAUCACCCUUAUCAGAGUCCUUCGCGUCGUGCGCGUGAUCCGAGUGGUUCGUGUAAUCCGCAUCAUGAGGUUCUUCAGGGAGCUUCGGAUGAUGGUGUUCUCCAUCGUGAACUGCCUGAAGUCUGUCGUGUGGAUUAUGCUGAUCCUCUUCAUUCUUUUCUACAUGUUCGGGAUCAUUUUUACAUCAGGGGUGGUUGGCUUCCUUGACACCUUGGAGAAGAGACGCCGGCCUGAGAACGCUGACCUGCAACGGAACUUUGGGUCUUUGGGCAGGGCGGUCUUGUCCCUUUACAUGGCCAUGAGUGGUGGUGCAGACUGGGGGGAGUUCUACAACAAUCUUGCCACUUUGGAAGGCGAGUGGCACUUCCCGCUGCUCUUCAUUCUGUAUAUAACUUUUGCAAUUUUUGCGGUCGUGAACAUUGUCACUGGAGUUUUUGUCGAUACCGCCUUGCAGUCUGGGCGAGCAGAUCGGGAUGUCGUAGUUCAAGAGGAGAUCGAGAACAAAAAGGAAUAUUUGGAAUCCUUGAAGGCCCUCUUUGAAGCCAUUGAUGCAAACUCCCGUGGCGUCAUCUCCCGGGAGAUGCUGGAGCAAUCCUUUGAGAAUGAAACCAUCAUGGCCUUUUUCAACUCGCUGAAGAUCAGCGUCCCUGAUGCAGCGACGCUUUUUGAUCUUCUCGACUUCGACGCCUCGGGGGAGCUUGAUAUCGAGGAGUUCCUCCUGGGAUGCUACCAGCUGCAGGGAGAUGCCACAGGAGUCGACGCGAAAAUCAUGCAGGCCGAGGUUCGCUUUGUGAAAGAGGCCAUUCUGGGGCUGAAGGAUGACAUGGAGAAGAUUACAGGUGAGCUACUCGAGCUAAGAGAUCUAGCCACCAAUCACCUGCAGUGAUUCACUUGAGUCGUUUGCAUUAUUGAUGAAUUGAUGCAUGCUGGAUGCAUAAUCUUGCGGAUGAGCUGUGCUAAAAUGCUUCCUUGGAUGUCUG